UCAAGUCUCUAGGGCAACGUGCUUCGAGAGUGCAGCCAGGAAGUUGGGAGGUGCAAACUUCCCACCUCCUGUGGAAAAAAAAAAAAAAAAAGAUCUAGACGAACACGACGACGACAGCCCUGCUGGUGGCUGAACGGAAAAAUGGAUCUAUUUUUAAUGUCUUUUGCCAUCAUCCUAGGAUGCACUGCCUUUUAUUUAUACCAUCAGCAGAGGAACACGCACAGACCCCCUUGCGUAGGUGGCUGGAUUCCUUGGAUUGGGGCUAUGUUCCAGUUUGGAAAAGCCCCUCUGGAAUUUAUAGAGCAAGCAAGAAUUAAGUACGGACCAGUAUUUACAAUUUUUGUUCUGGGUAAUCGGAUUACUUUUGUAACUGAGGAAGAGGGUUUUGAUAUAUUUUUUAAAUCAAAAGAAGUAAAUUUUGAACAUGCAGUGGAAGACCAUGUCUAUCGAACAGUAUCGGUUCCAAAGAGCACCUUUUUAACAUUCCAUGGACUGUUAUAUGGCCUGUUAAAAAACAAAAUGAAGAUUUCCCAUCUAUAUCAGUUUAGUGAAAAGCUGGUAGAAGGAUUACACGAAGAAUUGCAGAGUUUGGGCACUGAUGGAAGUGAGGAUCUCUGCAACUUUGUAAGGCGUGCCCUGUAUCCUGUCACAGUGAAUAUUAUUUUUGGCAAAGGCUUAUAUCCAACAACCCAGGAGAAAAUUCAAGAAUUCAACGAGCAUUUUCAGAUUUAUGAUGAUGGUUUUCAAUACGGGAGUCAGAUACCAGAAUGUUUUUUAAGGAAGUGGUCAAAAUCCAAAAGGUGGCUUCUAAAUCUGUUUGAAAAAAGCAUUCCUGAUCUCGAGAGAGACAGAACUUCAGGUGAUCCAACAGUGCUGCAGCUGAUUACCAACACCCUGAGGCAUGGAACAAAACCAGAGAAGGCUCCCAAUUACUGCGUAUUAAUGCUUUGGGCUUCUCUGUCUAAUGCUGUUCCUGUUGCAUAUUGGACAGUUAUUUAUAUUCUUUAUAAUCCUCCUAUUUACAAGAAUAUUAUGGAAGGCAUAUCUUCUGUGUUUGGCGAAGCAGGUAAAAAUAAAAUUGAAAUUUCAGAAAAUGACCUGAAAAAAAUCCCACUAAUUAAAUGGUGUGUUUUAGAAACCACUCGCUUGGUUGCCCCCGGUAUAAUCGCAAGAAAGGUGAUCAAGCCAGUGAAGAUUUCGAAUUAUACUGUUCCUUCUGGUGACUUAUUGAUGUUGUCCCCCUUUUGGACCCAUAGAAAUCCAAAGUAUUUUCCAGAACCUGAAUCAUUCAAACCUGAACGUUGGGAAAAGGCAGAUUUAGAGAAGAAUGCUUUCUUGGACUGGUUUGUGGCAUUUGGAGGAGGGAAGUACCCAUGUCCAGGAAGGUGGCUUGCUCUGCUGGAGAUUGAAAUCUUUGUUGCCUUAGUAUUUUAUAAGUAUCAAUUUAAUCUGCUGGAUCCCUUUCCAAAAGAGAAUUUUAACCAGUUAGUGGGCGUCCAGAAGCUAUCGACACCAUGCCGGGUGGAAUAUAAAUGCAGAAAAUAAAAGUGUAUUUAUCUAAGAACUGGACCAAUACCUAAGCAGAGAGAUUUCCGAAAUGUCCUAAAGCCUGUGUUGCCGUACUCGCUAGACUAAUGCGCUUCACACCUCAGGGUAUCUUAGUUAACUUUGUAUAACUAGGUGAAAUUUUUGUUUUUAUCUAGUCUAAUUAUUCAUUAAAUUGGUAUUAAUUAAAUUGGUGUCUCAGCAAUGGGCAAAGUAAAUGUAAAUGUAAAAGUAAAUACAGUCCCAGUUUGACAGAGAACUGGAAGUGUUGUAAAAAUAUUAAAAAAACAAAUAACUUUUAAAAGCAGCUUUUUCCGGUAUAACAUGAUACAGUAUUGCUUUAGAUUGAUUUUUUUUUACUUGAAUUCUCUGAGCUCCUUGAAAAAAGCCCACAAAAGUAUAAUGUUUGUUUCAAAGGAACUUAUUUCGUGUUGUAUUCUGAAUAAUUGUCAAGUAAUGAAAAAGUAGCAGAGGCUGCAUGGUACAAUGUGGAGGCCUGACCUUGGAUUCAGUAAAACCUGGGCUUCAGUCUUGCCUCUGACACAUCCUGGCAGUGUGACCGUGGCUGAGUGCCCAGACAGCUUUCUGAGACUACAAGUCAUUCUGCAUCAAUGAAGGGAAUUUCCAUACUAGAAAUUUCUAUACAAUUGAAAUCCUAGAACUGGAUCAGUCCCCGCUUCUUUCCGCCCCCUCCACCCCCAAAAAAGGAUGGGAAUUCUGAUUUGGAUGAUACUAUGCUGGGCAUAUGUAGCACUUGUACUAUUAUGUUCGUUAUAAUUAUUAAUAUAUCCAGAACUUAAAAUGCAUCCACUAGUAAAUUUUAUGAAGAUAUAUUUUAUAUAGCAGCUAGGUACCACAAUGGAUAGAGUGCUCAACUGAAAUCAGGAAGACCUGAGUUCAAAUGUUGCCUUUAUUUAUUAGAUAUGUAACCCCGGGCAAGUCACUGAACCUCUUUGACUCAGUUUCCUCAUUUGUAAAAGGAGGAUAAUAACAGCACCUAUUUCACAAGGUUGUUGUGAAGAUCAAAUAAGAUCCUAUCUCUGAAACGCUUAGCACAAUGCCCAGAACAUAGUAGACCCUUAAUGAAUGUUUAUUCUUUCCCCUGAGAUUAUUUAUGAAUAUUAUUAGUUUAAUUCAAUUGAAUUUGGUGAUAGAUUGUAACUUCUUAGAGUUCUUUUCAUUGUGCCUUCUGCAUAGUGGGUGAUCAAUAAAAAAAUUACUGCUUUAUUAAUUGAUAGUCAAACUGAAGUCAGUCUUUCAGUCUUUUGCAGCGUAGAAUGGUACUUAAACCUGGAGGAUAAGAUUAUAACAACCAGACAAGGCUAAAUUGAUUUUGAAUGUAACUGUUUAUAUUAUAAGCCUCCUGAAUGUACACUGUGAAUCGAAGAAAAAGACUUAUUCUUUGUAUGGGACAAGAAUGUAAUGGCGAUCUCAAGGAAGGACUUGAUGUGGCCACGUUAAUGCUGGUGCCUCAUUCCUUUCAUAAUAAAUACAUUUUUCUUUUCA